CAUUCAGUGUCAUCUCCAUCUCAGCCCCUUGUUAUUGUAGAGUCUCUCACUAUUGACCCUACAGUUAUCCCUGAGGCAUAUGGGGAAAAUAUCUUGCCCUCAAUGACAGAUGCUGAUUGGUGUACGGCACAAAGAGCGGAUCCCUCCAUUGCUCGGGUCAUAACUUUGUUGGAGGAAGGAGUGAAACCUGGAUUCAAAGAAAGAAAUCUCGAAUCCUCCGAUGUUAAACUCCUUCUCAGACAAUGGAACAAACUGGAACUCCGUAAUGGAGUGCUGCACAGGAAGGUUGAGGACAGAGAUUCCCUGGUGUACCAGUUAGUACUACCACACCAGUAUCAUGAGAGAGCUAUGCAAGGUGUGCAUGAUGAGGUUGGUCACCUUGGCUUUGACCGUUCCCUACAUCUUGCUCGAGCCAGGUUCUAUUGGCCAAAAAUGGGCCAGGCACUUGAAAACAAAUGCAAAAAAUGUCCUCGAUGUCUCAGGAGGAAGGCCCUUCCCCAAAAGGCCGCUCCAUUGGAAAACAUCCACUCAAAUUAUCCCCUUGAACUAGUGUGUGUGGAUUAUUUGUCCAUUGAGCCAGAUAGUCGAGACACUAGAAAUGUUUUGGUAUUGACAGACCAUUUCACGAAGUUUGCUGUGGCAGUGCCAACCAGAGAUCAGAAAGCUAAAACAAUCGCCAAAGCUCUUUGGGACAACCUGAUCAUUCCUUAUGGUUUCCCUUGUCGUCUGCUUAGCGAUCAGGGCAGAGAUUUCGAAUCAAGGAUUAUCAAAGAGCUCUGUGGUGUGAUUGGAACGAGCAAAGUCCGAACCACUCCCUACCAUCCUCGAGGAAACCCGGUGGAACGGUACAACAGGACGUUGCUAGACAUGCUAGGCACGCUAGAGGACAAAGACAAGUAUCAUUGGCGAGACUUCGUUAAGCCAUUGACACAUGCCUAUAACUGUACAAGAAACGACACAACGGGGUACUCCCCGUAUGAGCUAAUGUUUGGAAGACAGCCAAGGUUGCCCAUCGACCUUGUUCUUGGUACUUACCCUGGAAAGGCUACUUCAAAGUCCUAUUCAGACUAUGUUCAAAAUCUUCGUGACAGUCUCCAAGAAAGCUACGCCCUUGCAUCUGAACACUCAAAGAAAAUGGGUGAGAAGAACAAAGUUCGGUUUGACAAAAGGAUAAGGGCUGCUGAACUCUUUGUUGGUGAUAGAGUCCUCGUGAAGAAUGUCAACAUUAGAGGGAAGCACAAACUUGCAAACCGUUGGGAGGAAACCAUUCACACAGUUGUGAGGCGCAUCAAGGACAGUCCUGUUUAUGUAAUUAAACCGGAAACUGGAGACGGUCCUCACCGCACCUUACACAGGGAUUUGCUUUUCCCUUGCGGGUUCUUACCUGUUGAGGAUCAGAGUGGAUCAGACUCUCCUCGUCAAAGGAACAAAAUCUGUACAAGGAGCAAACCCAAGACCAAAAGAACCGACACUGGAGAAGAGGGAGUGUACAGUGAAGAGGAUGAAGAGAGCGAUGAUGAAGAAACUUGUGUUGGUAUGUGGGAGCCACAAAUCAUCACAAAAGGUCCCUAUGUUCAAACUGAGCAGUUUCUUCCAGAACCUCAACCCCUCACACAUGUUCAACCCUCUGUGCCAUCUCCAGACAUUACAAGACCACAAAUGUCUGUACCUGACUGUGACAAAUCUGACAUGGAUACACAACAUGAAGUCCCUGGUUUAAGUAGCGUUGAGUUGUCACCUACAGAUGCUGGGUCCCCAGACCAUGUUGUGAUUGACAUUCCAGAAGUUGACAUGAUACCCACCUUCACUGACACAGUUCUCAUUCCAUCAGAAUCUGUAGUCAGUAGUGAUGUUGUUGAAACUGGCAAUGUUGCUACAGAGUCAGUAGGCUUGAGACGCUCUGACAGAGAAAGACGCCCACCUCGUAAGUUUACUUAUGAUGAACUGGGAGAGCCACUGAUUUUAGCCAUUAGUUCGUUUUUCCAAACUUUGGGUGUUGCAUUCUCCAGUACUGGAAGUUUACCUCCACAGUUUCCAAGAUCAGCUGUGCAUGAAGGGACUCAUGCCGUUUAGAGGGGGAGAGUGUAACCCAGGUUUAUUUCAUUGCUCAAGUUAGAUUUUCAGUAUUAAUGAGGUUUUUUUUAUAUAUAUUGUUUCUAUCCCAGGUGCAGUGAAUGCACCGCAGUGCAACAAGUAGUUUUGUCCUAUGCACCUUGAAUGCACCUCGUGCAGCUUCCGUCUUACUUUCGGUUCUGGGGGAGUCGGAGGAGACGUGACUCAGAUAAAUGUGUUUUUUUGUUGGAACUAUUUCAGUUUUUUGUGACAAGGAAGCAUCUUUGUUGAGUCCGGGUGACGCCUUAAGCAGAGAGUUGAAGAAUAUUCCGGCUGGUUUUUUUGAUAUUAGAUUGAUAAGAUCGGAUUGAGGAUCUGAUCUGUGCCGUCCAUGGGCCGGACUGCAUCUGUGAAGACCACAGAGGAUCCCAAAUUCGGAGGUCACCUACUUCCCAGGAGGGCGGUAGGAGAGAAACCCAAUUCAUCAUUUUCUUUGGGAGUGAAUUUCCCUUUCCCCCAAUUAAUCUGAGAUCUCAGACUCCCCCCCCCCCGUUUUUUUUGAGUCAGGCCUGACUAUAAAAAUAGAGACUAACCAUAAUCAGAGAGACUGAUAACAAAAAGAGACUGUGAAACUACAAGAGAAGGAUCUGAACUGAAAUGGACAUUGUAUCAUCUGUUUUGUUGGUAUAUUUUUACGGUUGUAUCAUUGUUUUGUUUUGGAAGAGUUAAAAAUCUGUUUUAAUACAUGUUCUAUGUUUUCUUCUUACCAAAAGCAAGGUGUCGGUGUUUUCAUUGCGGUUGGAGGUUUCUUUUCUUUCCCUCUCUAAGCGAGGUCGUCAGCGCCAAUCUCCUUACGAACCUAUUAGAACCCUAAAAUUUGUGUGGAUUUAGAUGGAUUGGUGCUUCUGCGACACCACAUUGAUUUG